AUGUCACCGCACUUGGACCAGGUCAUCGUAUCGGACUCGAAUCGAACGCCUAUCGUACAGAUCAUCAUUUGGUUCACUCUUGUGACGAGUUUCUUAGCCUUUGUCACUCAUGCUGGUAUCAAGCUUUACGUCUUCCGGGCCCUGAGGGCGGAGUCUGCAUUCCUCCUUGCAUCUUUGAUUUUUUGCAUCGUGCAAUCCAUCGCUGCAUUAGUGCAGUGUGCGUAUGGGUUCGGCAAACCAGCUGCGACCUUGAGCAGCGACGACAUCCAGUCGAGCUUCAAGGCUGGAUAUGCGGCAACGAUCUUGUUGUUCGUGUCGCUCGGCUUCUCAAAGCUGGCUAUCGUGGCAUUUGUGCAUAACCUAACCCCCUCAAAGCUGCACCGCAAAAUCAAUUACGGUAUCGGAGCGCUUGUAUGCGUUUGGCUGGUGAGCGCGAUCCUCGUCGCGGGCUUCGAAUGUCAAGUGCCCCGUACAUGGGACAGGGCACUUGGUCGAUGUCUGGAUAGGACUACUUGGUGGACUGUGAUGUCAAUCCUCAAUAUCCUCACAGAAGUCGCCAUAAUUGCACUGGAGCUGGGGAUUGUCGCGCAGCUCCGCGUUACACGGCAAAAGAAAGCCUCGAUCAUGAGCUUGUUUGCUUGCCGAUUCUUGGUUCUGAUAGCAGCUGCUGUUCAGCUGGCCUUCUUUCACCAGGAAAGCAACAGUCUAGUAACGAGCAAAGACCUGAUGCUAGGCUUUUGGCGAUCAGCUCUCUGCAAUCAGAUCGUGCAAUGCUUUGCGAUUGUCACAACGUGCUUGCCCUACACCAAGAUAUUCAUGGAGGGAUUUGAGUCUGGCCUUAUCCGGAUUGACGACAGCCGUAGACGCAGAGAGUAUGCUUCGAAAGGGUAUAGCGGACGAGAGUACCAACUAAUGGAUGUCUCGCGGUCGUCACAAGCGCAACGAUCUGCGCAGAGCAGGUCGAUCAAUGUGUCAAAAGGUUGGGCGGUUUCAUCGGAUUCAGCUGAGCGUACGCAAAAACCAUAG